CUUGUAAUUGACAGAUAAAGAUAAUGGAAUCUGUCUCCUGAAUAAGAAAGGGUUUGCCAGUCUCCAUGCCCUUCUAAAGCCCUUGGCAUAUUUUAUGGAUUAAAAGGUCUUCUUAAAACUAAUCUUUCCACCAACCACAACCUAUAAUCUAUAGAAGUAUUCUCACAUCCUCUCUCCCAAUUGCUUAAAUCCACUAUUUCUUUCUCCAAAUGAGGCAACCCCACUCUAUUAAAAUGUUCUUCUAUCUCAGCUACCAUUGAUCCUAAAACCCAAGAAAAUAACCACACGCUAAAAUUGGAUAAUAUACAGAUCCAAUGAAAAGUAAGAAGAAUAGAAACCUGAUAAAAAAUAAAAGACAAAAACAUAAGAACAAAACAAAAGGAAUAACAAAAUAGAUAGACUCGAAAAUUUAGAAGAUCUUCACGUCAUAACAAUGGAAGAAUAUAUCCCUAGACCUAAGGUUUCGUGGGGUGAAACUCUAACCUAGAGAGAGACUCCAUAUUUUAGGAGAAUUUAUUCUCAAAGCAUACUAGCAAUUAGAAAAAAUAAAAAAAAAUAGAAUGACAUAUAAAACUAAUAAAUAAAUUAAAAUAAAAUCAAUUGGUUAUCUAUAAUUAAAAAAAUAGACUUUAUCAUAGUAGAGUACCACAAUAACACUAUAGCAAAAUCCUAUAACCUCUCGUCUAUUCAACAAAGUACUAGAAAUUCACUUGACCAACAUCACAUAUGGGCUCAAUAUAAUAAAAAUCACAAAAUAUUGGACUUAAAUAGAAAAAAAAAAAAAUUAUUUUAGUCCCUUUUAUGUCCCUAUGUAGCAAGUUGAGGAUCUAAAUUAGCCCAUUAUCCAAAUUGUUAUAGUUUGCUUGGACAAAUGGUCAAUUUUUUUAGCUUGUGUCAAUGGGCCAAAUAAACUGAAUUACAAUUAUUUGAGCAAAUAGGCCCAAAACUUACAUUUUUCAGGCCAAACAAUUUUGACUUUAAUCCACGCAUGUACUGCAUAUUAGCCUUAAAAGCGUGGGUGUGUCUAAUACUUUAGCAUACAAAUAUUAAAAUAGUUUUUCUCUCUUUUCUCCAUUCCUUUUUUCCUUCGCUUCUUCAAUCUUUCUAACAAGAGAUUCGUUCUCUAUUUGUUUUCCUCUUUCUGUUUUUUUCUUCGCUUUGUUAAUCACAAUUGUUUUGAUCGUCAUAUCGUCAAUCUCUGUAUCGCCUUCAACAACACUGCCAGUGGCAUCAUUGCUCGUUACUCUAUCGCCUUCAUCCCCGCCAUCCAUUGCUGCUGUUGUUACCACCAUAAACGACUAUAAAAACAAGUUCUAUCGAUUGGUUUUGUAUUUAUUAAUUUUGCUAUGGAUCUUUUUACGGCGAUGAGUAUCUGUUUAUCUAUGUCUAUACAAUCUAUUUUUUUAUUUUCUACUUUUUGGAUGAAUGAAGUAGUGUAUGGCAGUAAUGGGUGUCGAUGAUGGAUGGUGGUGGUGAGGCAAACAACAAUGGACAUUGUUCUAUUUUUUUUCUCUUUCUCUUCUCUAAUAUUUUUCUAAUCUCUUGAUUUUCCUUCUUUUUUGUAAAAAUUUUAAGAAAUAGUGAAUGUAUUUUAACGGCAAUGACAUAUGAAUAUGGUGUGAUGGUGGUGAUAACAAGCAAUGACAUAUGAGUUUGAUGACAAAUAUUUUGGUGGUGACGAGAUAUGGGUUUAAUGGUAGUAACAGUAGUGGAUGAGUUUAAUAGUGAUUAAAGAUGGGUUUAUAACAGUGGUGACGGUGGAUGGAGAUGGAGGUGGAUGAUGGAAUUAGUUUUAUUAUUAUUAUUAUUAUUAUUUUAGCAGUUGGGAUUAAAUUUCUUCUAAAUUUAAGUUUAAAAUAAACUUUUUAAUAUAAAAAAUGAAUAUUUUAAAUUUUGAUUUUAUUUAAUUGAAAAAUAGAGUGUGUUAGACACACUCUUCAUCAAGGGAGAUUUAGACUAAUUUGGUCCUAAAAUACCAAAUUCAGGGAUCUAUUAGCUGAAAACGAUGUAAUUCAGCUUAUUUGAUCCUUUAACACAAGUUGAAGGGGCAAAUGACCCUUUGUCCUUGUUUGUUUCCAGUUCAAUUUGCUUCUAUAUUCUCCUCUCUAUCGAGCAUUCUUUACAAUAAGAAAUAGAAAAAGAAAAGGCCAUUACCACUCUCCCUCGCUCGCUCGCUCGCUCGCUUAUUCUUGACAAUGGCAAGCCCUUUUUUAUCUCUCCGUUUCUUUCUAUGAAACCUUGUUGUGUCUUUGUACAAAGAUAAUCUGGGUUGAAAUUUUUAUCAUUCAAUAAUGUGAAAUAUUUCUUAGAUAAUGUGUAUAUGUGUAUGCAUGUGUUUGUGCAUUAUGGUUUUGGCGGUUGCUUAUACAUGAUCCUUUUGGUUCUUGUUUUGUUUCUCUUAAAAAAGGAAAAAAGACACGUAUAAUUUGAAGUCUUUCUUUGAUCUUUCUGCUUUCUUUAAUGGAGUUGAGAGCCUUAAAAGAGUUAAUGGUAUUAGUUUAGUGGUUGCUUCUUGUUUUCUUUAAACCCUUCUGUCAUUUUGGGUAUCUGUUUUCUUUGGUGUAAUGAAUAUAUUUUUCUGGUCGUCAUUGUCUUGGUAGCCAAACAUAAACAAUGGGGAUUCAAGAUUACGACUUUAUUUACCCUUUUAUCUCUGUGUGGAGUGACUCAUCAUUGAACAAGGAAAAUGGGAUGGGAACAGAAAUGAAUGACUAAAUUAUUUUUAACAUAAUUAAAAUUUAUGAUAUUCAAAAAAAGAAAAAAAGAAAAAGAAAAUUUGCUCCCAAAGAAAAUUGCUUUCUGCUCCCAAAUGUGCUCAAGAGAAUUGCAUUUCCAAAGGACAAACAGACAAUGUUAGUUGUUAGACUUCACUUGUUUCUAUAUUUGGUUAGUAUCUUUUGAACUUAGAACUUCUAAAGGUAGAUGGAAAUACAUUUCAAAUUUCGUUGAUGAGUAAUGCGACUGUCAAGUUGUUGAAGUUCAAUAAUACAAAUGGUUGCUGCUGGGCUAAUUUUGAGUUUUGGCUUGUUGGGUUGUUUAGAUAAGUUCAGUUAGGUGACUAGGCUCUUGAAAAUAGAUGAUGUUUCAGUUUUGCUUUAGUUGUAAUGGUGACAUCAGGGGUACCAACUCCAAUUGGUUGCUCUCGGUCUGUCUCACCCGUGCUUUUGCAAUCAAGCUCUACUAUUUUGGAAUCUUGAGUGUGCUUUAUUUCUCCACAAGCAACAUUUCUUUUCAUUUAUCAUGACACGUGCACAGUAAAGUAUGAAAUUUCCUGGGAAAUUCUCCAAAUUUUUCAUCUUCUCAAUCAGAAUUCUGGAAGUGGGAGUUCAAGCACCAAUCUCUCUAUUCUGGAUGGUUUUCAGCAGGGAAGCCCUGAUAAUAAAAUGGAGUCUAGUGGAGUUUCUGAUAACAAAAUGGAGUCUAGUGUAGUUUUUGAUAACACAAUGGAAUCUACUGCAGUUUCUGGGACACCAAGUGAUGUUCGUUUUGUUUCUUCUUUUACACCAACCAACAUGAUUAAUUUUGUUUCAUCUGGCCAAUUCCAAAGCCAACGAAUUCCAAAUCCUUCUAGAAGCUUUCAGCAAAAGUCUUUUGGUCAACCAUUUGAGCUACAGAGGUUUCAACAUUGCCAGCAGUCAAUGCAGCAGAACCCUGUUUUCCAUACCCAAUCGCAGCAGCAACAGCUGCAAUUCCAAUCCUUUCAAGGUGGCUCUGAAAGUUUUGCUGGUUCUGUCAACUUGGGGCGAGGGCUAAUAAGUUCAAACAUCAGCCUCUCUGGUUUGGAUGGUUAUCAGCAGGGAAGGUUUGAUACCAUAAUGGAGCCUAGUGCAGUUUCUAUGGCAUCAAAUGAUGUUGGUUCUGUUUCUCCUUUUACCCCAACACACAUGAUGGAUUUUGUUUCAUCUGAGCAAUUUGAAAGCCAAAAAAUUCCAAAUCCUUUUAGAAGCUCUCAGCAACAAUCUCAUGUACAACAAUUUAAGCGCCAGAGGUCUCAACAUGGUCAGCAAUCAAUGCAGCACUUCCGUGUUUCCCAGAGCGAACCACAGCAGCAACAGCCGCAAUUCCUAUCCAUUGAAGGUGGAUUUGAAGGUUUUGCAGGCUCUGCCAACUUGGAACCAGGGGUAAUAGGCAAUCAGAUUGGUCUGCAGACGCAGUUGCACUCAUUGCAGAGCCUUGGUCCAGUGGUGCAAGAGCCGCAACAAAACCAGACUGGAAGGGCCAUAGGACCUGUACAACUGGAGAAUCAGGAUUCUAAAGGAGCACCAUACCUGCAGCAGCAACAAUACCAUUUCCCUCAAAUUUCCAGAGAGUUUGUUUCACAGUUGAACCCUUUACAACAGAAGCACAUUUUGCAGCAACAGCAAAUGUUGAGGGCACAUCAUCAACAGCAGCCUCAACUACAUCAGCAAUCUCAACAGCAGAAUGUGCCUAUUAAAUCUGCUGUAGGGCCAGUCUAUGAACAGGGGAAAUGUUCACUUCAAUUAAUUAAGUACAUGUAUCUGCAGCAGCAUAGACCUAUGGAUAACAAUAUUGAGUUCUGGCAAAAAUUUGUUUUAGAGUUUUUUACUCACACUGCUAGAAAGAGAUUGUGUGUUUCAAAGUAUCAAAAUAGGAACCCACCUGCUGCUUAUCACAAGGAUUCAUGGGAUUGUGAAUUAUGCAAUCAGAAGCAUGUCCAUGGUUACGAAUCAACUGCUGCAUCUCUGCCUAAUUUAUUCCAAAUCAAAUAUGAAUGGCCCGUUAUGGAAGAGCUUCUUUAUAUUGAUAUGCCUCAUGAAUCUCAGAACUCAAGCGGUCAGAUUGUACUUUGUUAUCCAAAGGCAAUAGAAGAAAGUGUUUUUGAGAAUGGUCGUGUUGUACGUUAUGGUAAACUUCGUAUUGUUUUCUCUCCAAAUCUGAAGAUCUGCUCUUGGGAAUUUUGUUUACGAAAUCAUGAGGAACUUUUUCUGCGAAGACUGAUAAAACCUCAGGCAUGUCAGCUUGUAGCUAAGGCACAAAAAUACCAAGCUUCUGAUCGAAAUGCACAAUCCGACUCAUCCCAACUUGACUUAGAAAGGAACUGUAAUUUGUUUCUUGAAUCUGCACAUCGAUUAAACAAAUCUUUGGAGAUACCUUUACAUACUAAUAUAGGAUACACAGAGAGAUAUAUACGGUACUUAAAGCACAAACGGCAAAUAUCACAGAGAGUUAAUAGUAUGAAGGAAGACUUCAGCUGCGAGACUGGGAAAGGACUGAAAGAGAGUUUCACCCAACUUCCCAGUAGGAGUAUGCCAUUAUUGGAUCUGCAUUUUCCUAUCCAGCUACGUGAUCAGCAGCAAACUAGGGAGAACACCUUGAACAAUGAUUACCAUUCUGUACAGACAAAUGUCGAGCCGACUUCUACAAGCAGUGACGAUGCAAGUGCAGGCAACUCCUGUAGUACCACUCCCUCUGUCACUGCUGGUGCUGAGCUUCUCCAUCAGAAUUCAAUGGACUUGUGGAUUGAGAAUCAACAUAACAAUCCCGGCAGUCCUUAUCCUGGGACUCCAGUUUAUAUCUCAUAUAUGGGCUCUUCAACCAUUCCACAAGCUGAGCAUAUUCCUUCUUCAUUUUCAUCAUCAACUCCAUCUUCGAAAACUCAAAAAGAAUAAUGAUUUCUUCACAAUAAAGUGGGGGAGGGAGCAUGGUGAUUGUUGAUUCUGAAGGGGAUAAUGUGACCAACAUGAUGCUUGAAAAAUAAAAAUGUUAAUGGCAAUUGCUUUGCAGGCAGUGAUACGGUAGUCUUAAGUACUGUGAUGAUGGGGUAUAGAAGCUCGGGAAAUUGGGUGCUCCGCCAUAUCACUAGUCAGUUACUUGGUAUACUUGUAAGGCUUGCUUUAUUUGAAAUCUCCCUGAAGAGUUUAGUUUCUUUUUUUGCUGAGAUGCUCGUGGCACAUGCUUCUACGUUCCCUGCUGAUGGAUUAUUCCUAUCGGUGAUGGAUUAUUCCUAUUGGUGACACAACGUGCAUAUGUUUUUUUUUUUGGAACUUGCACUCUGUAAAUUUGGAGCUUACAUUCACUUAAAAGAAAAUUUUUGUUCCUGCUGUUGCAGCUAUUGAUAAAAGGAAGGAAAACAUGUAGCUUAAAUUCUUGUUUUGAGAAACUUUCUUGUUCAUACUUUUCCCCCUUCUGUAGUGUUAUAUUUCUUAUGGGAGUUUUGUUUAUAUGGUUUCACAUUGUAACUUGAUCCUCUCCGCAGUUUUGCAAUGAGAACUCACAUUACUUUUAUCUUUC